AUGCAGGUGUACAUCGCUUCCCCUUUAACAUUUAAUGUGAAUAAUGGUAAAGCAAAUUUGGAGUACUCUUCACGUUUUUCCCAGAUCGAGGGGCUGGACACCGAAUCAGAUGGGUCUUCUCCAUUUCCUCAUGUAGGUUACAUAGAGGGCAUGUGGGUUGGGUGUAUGCUUCCAAUCUGUGAAGAUGUUUUUGCCAAACAAUCGUGCCCGGUACGUAGUCUAAAAUCAGCAACGGCUUCGAUUCUUGGCCAGUCGGGUAUGUCGGAGAGUGCCACUGUCCACUGUUUCUCCUUUGUUCGAGCUUUAAGUCUUCAUUGUGUGGAAAGACAUCGGCAAAAUCGUUGUCCCCUUCUUAACAAGUGUGUCAACAAGCUCAUUGCCUUUAAUGGCACAGCGACCAGGAAUCCAUUGUAG